UGUCCGCUCCGCCCCUCACGCUCGACGGGCUCGCUCCCACGCAGGGAGAGCGGGAGGUGCGCGGGCACGCGAGCACUCCGAGGCGGAAGGCCAGAGGUGCUCUCCACCGCGGGAGCGAGCGCGCAGGCGCCUUCGUGGGAUUCGCUGUUGGCGCCAAUCCCCGCGGCUGGCGUCCGGCUGGUUCCUCCUUCAUAAAUAAUCCAUUUUGACUGCUUGGAAGUGAAGCAUCAUUAAAAUCCUCUCAAACUCCUGAUUCCAAAGAAGUGAUGACAUUUCUCUGAUCAAGAAAAGAAGUGACUGACUGCGUGUAAAAGUAUUGUAGUGCUGGUUGUUUUUUCUUCUCCCUCCCUACAUUUGAAGCACUAUGGAGAAGUGGUACUUGAUGACAGUAGUGGUCUUAAUAGGACUAACAGUACGGUGGACAGUUUCUCUUAAUUCUUACUCAGGUGCUGGAAAACCCCCUUUGUUUGGUGAUUAUGAAGCUCAGAGACACUGGCAAGAAAUUACUUUAAAUUUACCAAUCAAACAGUGGUAUUUUAAUAGCAGUGAUAAUAAUUUACAAUAUUGGGGAUUGGAUUACCCACCUCUUACGGCUUAUCACAGUCUCUUAUGUGCCUAUGUGGCAAAGUUUAUAAACCCAGACUGGAUUGCUCUCCAUACAUCACGUGGCUAUGAGAGUCAGGCUCAUAAGUUCUUCAUGAGAAUGACAGUUUUAAUUGCCGAUUUGCUGAUUUACAUACCUGCAGUGGUUUUGUACUGUUGUUGUCUAAAAGAAAUCUCAACUAAGAAAAAGAUUGCUAAUGCAUUAUGCAUAUUGUUGUAUCCAGGCCUUAUUCUUAUCGACUAUGGACAUUUUCAAUAAUUUCCUUGACACAAGGAUAUAUAUAAUUCUGUGAGUCUUGGCUUUGCUUUGUGGGGUGUUCUUGGAGUAUCUUGUGACUGGGACCUGCUAGGUUCACUGGCAUUUUGCUUAGCAAUAAACUAUAAACAGAUGGAACUUUAUCACUCCUUGCCAUUUUUUUGCUUUUUACUUGGCAAGUGUUUUAAAAAAGGCCUCAAAGGAAAGGGGUCUGUGUUGUUUGUUAAGCUGGCUGGUACCGUCCUGACUUCCUUCAUCCUUUGCUGGCUGCCAUUCUUGACAGAAAGAGAACAGACCCUGCAGGUCCUAAGAAGACUCUUUCCAGUUGAUCGUGGAUUAUUUGAGGAUAAAGUGGCCAAUAUUUGGUGUAGCCUUAAUGUCUUUCUGAAGAUUAAGGAUAUUUUACCACAUCAGACCCAGAUAAUGAUCAGCUUCUGUUGUACAUUUUUGAGCCUGCUCCCUGCAUGUAUAAAAUUGAUACUUCAGCCUUCUCCCAAAACAUUCAAAUUUACUCUGGUUACCUGUGCACUAUCAUUCUUUUUAUUUUCUUUCCAAGUACAUGAAAAGUCCAUUCUCUUGGUAUCAUUACCAGUCUGCUUAGUUUUAAAUGAAAUUCCUUUUAUGUCUACUUGGUUUUUACUUGUGUCAACAUUUAGUAUGCUACCUCUUCUAUUGAAGGAUGAACUCCUAAUGCCCUUGGUUGUGACAGCAAUGGCAUUUUUUAUAGCUUGUGCAACUUUAUUUUCAAUAUUUGAAAAGAAUUCUGAAGAAAAACUGCUGUUGAAAUCCUUUUCCAUUACUGUUAGGAAAUAUCUUCCAUGUUUUACAUUUCUUCCCAGAAUUAUACAAUAUUUGUUUCUUAUCUCAGUAAUCACUAUGGUCCUCCUGACAAUAGUGACUGUCACACUGGAUCCUCCUCAGAAAUUACCAGACUUAUUUUCUGUAUUGGUGUGUUUUGUAUCCUGCUUGAAGUUCCUGUUCUUCUUGGUAUACUUCAACAUUAUAAUCAUGUUGGAAUCUAAAAAUGGGAGAAACCUAAAGAAAAUAAACUAGCUGUAUUUCCAAUGUGAGAAGUGCUAAUUGUCAAUUUUUUGCUAUAUAUAAAUUAAAAUUAUUUUGAGAAUCAUGAAAUCAUAGGAAAGGAAAUGGCAAAAAGUUAUUGUGUAUAUACAAAAUAAAUAUAAAU